AUGACUGAAUUUUCAUUCCUUCCAGUAGAGAUCCUGCAUCACAUCUGCCUCCAUGCCGAUCUGGCAGGCCGCAAGGCGCUGUGCCUUACAAACCGGCUCUUAGCCAACAUCGCACAGCCAUGGGUAUUCCAGACCACCGCCGUCUCCCCUCUGAAGGCCAGCUGUGAUCGACUGCAAAAUAUACUGAAGAAUCCACGGCUGGCAGAGUACGUAAAAAAGCUCUACAUCACCACCUACAACUUGGACAAGGACGGUGACUAUAUGUACUACUCGGACGACGAAGGCGAAGAGGAUGAGCUAGAAGACGAGACGAGUCUUCCGCUCCGAUUCUGGAACUUCUUUGACAGUCUCAAGGACCUCCCCCGCCUGCAAAGCAUCGCCCUGUCUUUCCACCCCGAACACACGAACCACGACUGGCACCCCGUUCCGCAGGAGAUGUUCUUUCGCUCCGCCGUCAUGCAGCGGGCCUUUGCUGCAUUCGCAGCACAGCCGCAGCCACUUAAAGAGCUGGCUCUGGCCGAGCUACACAACAUCAACGAGACGGACCCUAGAGCCGUGUCCAAUAUCAGGAAAGUCCUGAGCGCUCUACAAUCCCUAAGACUGAACAUCACAAACGAGCACCGCGAGUUCCACGGCGAACUCGACUACCAGCGAACCGAGGCGCAUGAGUUCUACCAAACCCUGCCCUCACACUGGCUAGAACCCACAACGGCCAAUUUGCGGCAUCUGACGAUCUACUCGUCCCUUUACUGCGGCUUCUAUCCGAAACUCGACUUCAGGGGCCUGCACUUUCCACACCUCAAAUCGCUGUCGUUGGGAAACUACGGCUUCGUUCACGAUUCUCAGCUGACCUGGAUUCUUGCGCAUGCCGAUACCCUGACAGAGCUAUACCUCGAUGACUGCGGCAUUCUAUAUGAGGUCUCGAUCAAGGAUUUUGAGAAUACGUACCUGUCCCCAGGCCAGUACACGCAACGCGGCGGACUCCUUGGUGCCCUCUAUGCAUGCUACACCAAGCGCUGGGCAGAUUACUUCCGCGCGUUCAAAGAUGGGCUGCCGCACCUCCGGCGUUUCAGGUACGGUCACUCGCCUGAGGGUUGGGAGUUUAAUUCAACACCGUUUGAGCGCGAGGCGGAGAUCGUGAUCGGGCUCCAUGAGGAGAGUUAUUUGGUCUUCUGUGAUGGCAUCGGACCCAGUCCGUAUAUAGAGGAGCUGAUUUACCGGUAUCCGAGGAACGCGGAUGGGGGUGGAGGUGGGCAGUGCUUUGUGCAAGCGCAGACGUUGACGCCUUCUGAUGAGGACAAGAUGGCCCUGGAAGAACUUUGCAGGAAGCUCGGGCAGUCUGUACCUUUGAGGGAGGAGUAA